AUGCUGAGCGAAGCAGCAAUUCAUGAACAACAGCCGCUCGUCAUGCGUCCCGCAACGUCUUCCGCUGCUACUGCGACUAAUAGUGGGUUGAGUAAUGCUGAAAAUGGGAUUGCCUCCAACUCAAAGUCUGCCAACAACUUCCCCCCACCAAAGACCGACAAGCCGAGACCUCACGUAUGCGGUACCUGUCAGCGAUCCUUUGCUCGAUUAGAACAUCUCAAGCGCCACGAGCGCUCACACACUAAAGAGAAGCCCUUUGAGUGUCCGGAAUGUGCAAGAUGUUUCGCGCGGAGGGAUCUGCUACUGCGGCACCAGCAGAAACUCCACAUGACAACUACGCCUUCUUCGAGACCCAAAAACCGCCGAGAGAGUGCUGCGAGCAGCACAGCGGGGCCUGGGAGAGCACGAAAGUGCUCCGUUGCCACUGGGCAUGGAGCGGCGAGCAUGAGACCAAGAGCCAAUACCAUAAGCCAUGUCGAUGGGGCCCAUAUGCAACUCAUGGCCGCUGCCAAUGUCAAUGUUGCUCGAAACGGGCUUGCUCCCACUCAUAGCCGCCAUCCGAGUCUCGCGGGUCUGCCGAUGCAGAAUGACUACCACUUCGGUGGGAUGUCUGCAGCGCUUGGACAGAGAGGCGUGAAUCACAGCCUGCCAAAGUUGGAAACGCACACCUUCAGUAACAGUGAGUUUGGAGGUGGCUUGAGGACUGCUCCUGUUGCAGGUGGAUUCACCCCGGAUUUCCAUUACCUCGUCAACCCGGAAUGGGAUGUGGAAGGGCUAUCGAUUGGUCCCAGCUCGACUAUCAACCCAAACGCUCUGCAUUACAGCGACUCUCCGCAGUCCAUGGCCAUUGACUCGGUUUCUCCUUACCUCCAAGCUUUUUCGGACCUGUCGGCUAAUCAGACUACGGAUGAGACCUUUGACUGGAUGAAUAGCUUUCAACAGCAGAUAUCGUUCCAAGACGGGAAUGAGAAUGCCAUUGACGGAUCCUCCCCAUCUGCAAUUAGCACCGCAAGUCAGAGUGGGAUUAGCGAAGUUAUGCUGGAUGGGUCGAAUCAAACAGCGGGUUCGGCCUCAUUGUGGAACCAGUCAAUGAUGGCACCUGCUAUGGUGAACUUCAAUCAGUUUCCCAUGGAUCUGGGCAAUCAAAAUUUUCAUGACUUGAUGAACGGUGGCGCUAUGUCUGAACACAACCUCUCGCAGAAUCCGAACGAUGCCUACUUCUCAACCCCUCCACCAUCCAUGAGCUCCCUUAGUCCAUCUGUAAUGCCCGGCAUCACAACCCAAGGUUUUCAUCCACUGAUCAACCUUGGGCCAGAAACACCAAUUUCUAUGAACGGUAGCCUGAAUUCCUUAUCACCUCUGGCCACAAUCACGGAUUUUACCCGCCAAUCUCUCAUGGCUGCGCUUGCGCAGGGCGCCCCGUUUGGCGGACGUAAAUACUCGUUUACAACAACGAACAGCUCGCCGCUAUCUCCUCAUUUCCCGGGACGAUCAGCGAGCGUCAGCGAUGGAAGCAGAAAUCUUCCAAGCACUCAUGACCUCCAACGAUACAUUGGCUCUUAUAUCCGAUACUUCCACCCCCACUUACCUUUUCUACACAUACCCACUCUUUCUUUUGCGGUCCCAUCUUAUACGGCCGACGGCCGAGGCAAUCCCGGGCUCAUGGGGGGGACUGGAUGUCUCAUUCUUUCAAUGGCAGCCAUCGGCGCUUUGUAUGAGAUGGAGCAAGUUCAGUCGAAGGACCUUUUCGAGUCAGCCAAGAAAAUGAUCCAAUUGUAUCUGGAGGAUCGGAGAAAGGCCGAUGUCAGGAAGGCAGAUCACCGAAAGGCCAGCAUCGACCGCGGAUCCAGAUCUCCCGAGGUCUCAGUGCAUACCCCGGUCUGGCUCGUCCAAGCUAUGUUGUUGAACGUGGUAUACGGGCACAAUUGUGGCGACAAGACUGCUGGAGAUAUCGCGAGCACGCAUUGUGCAGCGCUGGUCAGCCUCGCUCGAGCAGCCGAAUUGCUGAAACCCGACGUUCCGCAAGGCCAGAGCCGCCAGGAUACUCAUAUGAGCGAUGAAGGGGCGCCGGGCGAGUGGAAUCAUGAUGGGGUCAAGAUGGAAGUGCUGGACGAGAAUCAGGAAUGGUACACUUGGAAAAUCAGAGAGGAGCGCAAGAGAACCCUGUACGCGGUAUUCAUCCUAUCGAGCCUCUUGGUUUCCGCCUACAACCAUACGCCUGCUCUGACGAAUUCCGAGAUCAUGCUUGAUCUUCCUUGCGAUGAGGAAUUGUGGACGGCGGACACCGCCCGGAGCUUCUAUGCCCAAGGCGGUGCUCCUACGGCGAAGCAUAAUCAAGCCACUUUCCACGAUUCGUUGAGCCAGCUGUUGCGGACCAGUGAGAAGCAGCAACAACAGAUGGGAAAUGGGCAGUGGAACGGGGAGCUCCCAGCUAGCAAUCUUCGCCCAAGUACAUUCGGCUGCCUAGUCCUUAUCAACGCUCUCCACAACUACAUUUGGGAGACACGGCAGCGACACCACAAUAAAGUCUGGACCAACGAGGAGACUGAAAAGAUGCAUCGCCAUAUCGAGCCGGCUCUCAAGGCGUGGCAAGCUGCAUGGGCCAGCAACCCUAACCACAGUCUAGAGCGACCCAAUCCUUUCGGUUUUGGGCCGCUUUCCGCUGAUAGCAUCCCUCUCUUGGAUCUCGCAUACGUUCGGCUCUUUGUCAACCUCUCUCGAUCAAAGGAGAAGUUCUGGCAGCGCGACUGGGACGGAAUGGCGGAAGAGCUGUCGCGUGGAAGCGAGAUUGUUCAGCACGCACAGCACUCGCCAGACUCCAACUCGGAAUCAACAGACCCUUCUGACAUGUCCACCACUAGCUCUGUCUUUGUUGACUCUCCUCCCAUGUCCGAUUCCUCUCCCGAUUUUAAGGCAACCCGAGUACCAGCCAAUGGCAACUACUCGACGUCCCCACCAGUAUCGUCGACAAAGCGAGAGAAACACCUUCGUAAAGCUGCCUUCUAUGCUGCGGAUUCCCUCCUCAUGUCGAACAAGCUUGGUGUCACGUUUGCAGACUUUACCUCCCGGGAGCUCCCACUCCAGUCGGCCAUGUGCGCAUUUGACUGUGCUCAGGUCCUCGCCGAGUGGACAGCAACUGUUCAAGAGCGGGUCGGGCGCUAUUUGGGGAUACUCGGCAGAGACAAUAUUGACUUCACCCAAGUUCCUGCCAUCAUGCUGCUGGACGAGGAGGACUCCGAGCUUCUCACCAAAGUCCAGGAAGUGCUGAACAGAGCCGAGAUCAAGCUGAAUUACGAGCUUGCGAGAGCCGGAGCCAGUACGCAACGACUCCCUGGGGCCGAGGCUUGCGGCUACGGAGGAAAAAUAUUGAAGGUGACGGCCUACAUGUUGGAUCGGGCCGCCAUCUGGCCUGUCACUCACCUCAUGGCACGCAGUCUGGAAACACAGGCCAACCAUAUGAGAGCACGGGCCGAGGAAUCAGUAGCUCAUCGUGAGUAG